AUGAAAAUAAAUAAGAGGAUCCAGACUGAGUGCUUGCUCAACAAUAUAGUUGACCAAGAUUUCCAAGCUAUGUUGUUUCCUUUGAACGUUGUACAGUCUUGCUUUUUAAUGCCUAGGUUCAACAUCAUUAACAAUUUCAUUACUCCUGACAGCCAUGUGUCCUUUUAUAUACAGUCCAUAAUCGGUUGCAUGCGCAAGACUUGCAAGAACGUGUUGCGGCUGAACCGCGCGUCGUCGCGCAAGAUGUCGGCGUUCGGCGUGUUCGAACUCAACGCAACGUUCCCGCUGCGGCUGUUCAGCGUAAUCGUGAUCUACACCGUCAUUUUAAGUAAUGCUAAAUCUACAGAAAAACAAUUACUUACGUUUUCCGUCUUCUUGCAUUUUCCAGGCAUGCGCAAGACUUGCAAGAACGUGUUGCGGCUGAACUGCGCGUCGCUGUGCAAGAUGUCGGCGUUCGGCGUGUUCGAACUCGACGCAACGUUCCCGCUGCGGCUGCUCAGCGUAAUCGUGAUCUACACCGCCGUACUGCUGCAGUUUGCCUUUUUAUCGUAGA